GCUGAUAGCGCGCUACAUACAGCCUCAUGUAGGAGAGCGUUCAAGAAGACAGUCGGUGAACCAUAGGAUUCAGUUGAUCGUAGGAAGUGCAGCGGUCAACUGCGGCUCUCGGCGCGCGGCGGGCACGUGGUGCGCGCUUUCAUAAAGGAAACACACAACGCGCGCUUACUCUGAUUAUCAUUAAUAUAUGCCGAUUAGCGGGAGUUCGGCUGUCUCGCCGGCUGUUCCAUCAUGCCCGAAAGUAUGACGAGGAAGUCGGUAGACCGCAACAUCGUUGGGUGUGUCCUGAACGACCGGAAGAGCGAAAGAACAUCGGUGAACUGACGAUAUUUUUCCGAAGAUGCCGUAAUUCGCGACACGAGUGUCGGGGACGCAGUUACUUAAGUGUACAUAACGGGCACGGCGAUCAUCAUGUUCUAUCCGCAGCGAGCGAUGCGUCAGAUCUCGGAAAUCUCCUACGUGGGAGGUUUCAAAUUGAUAAGGAUGUCGACUAAUCGAGAGGGCGAGACUGCAGUGACCAUCCCACUGCAGUACAAUGAAGCUCAUUGGAAAGCUAUUUUUGAGAAGUACGAUCUUGACGGGGAUGGAAAAAUAUCGUUACAAGAGCUGAAGGCAAUGAUACGCGGCCCAGAGUUCUCUAAGGACAUCCCUGCUGGGGUAGUCCGCACGAUAAUGCGCAAGGCGGAUCUGGAUGAAUCCGGUUACUUGGAAUAUCCAGAAUUCAUAGCAAUGAUCCAUAGAAAGGACAUGCAAGGUAUAUUCGGACACCUCGUGCAACGAUACGUGCACUGUAUGAUACCUCAACGACCAACCCGCGCGCUAAGACAAACUUCCGUGGGCUCGAGGUAUUAUCCCCAGCGACAAUUCAGUAUAGUAUUGCAAGCCGCACCACCUUCUCCUCCUCCUUCGAGCUUUGGCGAUUCUCCCCAGGCUGCUAUGAUUAGUAAAAGAUGCCGUUCUGCACGUUUUAUCGGCCUACAGCAACAACAAAGUACAAUAACGGAAUCUUCUCUGUACUCUAGCGACUAUCCGGAUGGGCUGUACGAAGAAGAGUACAGCUGUCGGCCGCCGGCUGUAGCAAUGAUAAUCAUAUCGAUAGUAGAAAUCAUUUUGUUCAUGUAUGAUGUGAUUAAGCACAAAUCUCUUUCUGUAGAAGGACCAGCGGCUACGUUAUUUAUUUAUAAUCCGCACAAGAGGUACCAAGCCUGGCGGUAUCUAACAUACAUGUUUGUACACGUCGGGGUCUUCCAUUUGGUCGUUAAUCUAUUGGUACAAAUUAUGUUGGGUAUCCCACUGGAGAUGGUUCACAAGUGGUGGAGAGUACUGAUAAUAUACAUAGCCGGAGUACUGGCCGGCUCCCUCGGUACAUCCGUUUCAGAUCCGACAGUUUACCUGGCUGGUGCGUCAGGCGGUGUGUACGCGUUAAUCACCGCUCACGUAGCGACCAUUAUAAUGAACUGGUCGCAAAUGGAAUUUGCCGUGCUACAGCUGUUAGUGUUCCUCGUUAUCACAAGCGUCGACGUUGGUCAAGCCGUGUACAAUCGUUAUGUGCUCGACGCCAACGACCAAAUCGGAUACGUGGCCCAUUUGGCCGGUGCUAUAGCGGGUCUGCUGGUGGGCAUAAAUAUCCUUCGAAAUCUCGAGGUACAAACUUGGGAGAAAGUUAUAUGGUGGGCCAGCAUAGUCACUUUUACGGGUCUCAUGACCGCAGCUAUUUUAUGGAAUAUAUUGUAUUCUUCGUAUUACGAAUGAUAAUAUUCGAAUCGGUAUUUUUCUUGUUUGAAUUAUUUAACGACACAUACGUACACAUUGAGAUAGAGACAAAUGUAUUAUUACUAAAUGUAUUAUAAAGAAAAACAAAAUUGUAGGUAUAUGCAUAAACUUAUGCUAUAUAUUUUUAUAUGUCAGCUACAUUAGCUAUAUAUAUGAAAUAUAUUUUCUAUACAAUAACUUGCCUUGAAAUUGUAAGUAUAUGCAUAAAUUUGCUAUAUAUUUUUAUAUAUGGCUAAUAUGAAUAUAUCAGUUACAUAUAAAAUAUAUAUAUUUUCUAUAUUAUUUUAUUAAUAUAAAAUAAUAGAGAUUUUUAGAAUCGAGCAAAAUAGCUUGUAUUUUCGUAUAGAUUUUAUCGCGAAAAGAUAAAACUAGGAUUUGUAAUAAUACAUUAAAGUAAUUUUUAACGCAUUAUUUUUUUAAGUACACGUUUUCGAGAGCAAAUAGUAGAACAACAGAUUCUGUGAUACUUUUGCUACAUGUAUUAAGUGUGUGUAUUAUUUGCAAGUUUGACAAAUGAAUGAUGACAUCGAAGUUGACAUGCGCAAAAUAUUAAUAUUUCUAUUUUAGAACUAUUGCCUCAUUGUUUAAAAAUGCAUAGAAAAACUACCUCCAUCCGUAUGCAAACAACAAUCUAUUACACACAUAAAAAAUGCAAUUAAUCUUUCAGUAAUACUUCAUGCAUUAUACAAUCUGUCUUCAGUCAUUUGAAUGUCGUACAUAAUCUAAGAUCUAAAAAAACAAAGUACUGCAUUGUUAAUAAAAUUCAUAUAUAUUUAGCUUUUUCAUCAAAUUUGAAAAUGUCUUGAUUAUGAUUAAUUAAAAUAGAACACAAAAUUUGCCCUUUCAGACGUUUGUUGAAUGAAAAAAAAUGUAUAUAAUUCAUAACUUGUAUGUGUUCUACAAUUCAAAGAUGCGAAUACAAAACUUCGACAAAAUAAGCGUUCAAUAAAAUAAGUAGUUUCUUAUUUCAUGAGAACAAUGCAAUAAUUAUAUUCAUAUGCAUAUCAUAUGUAAAUUGUUACUUGUAUUAUUACACAGACUCACACAGAUACAAAAUAGUACGGUAAUACUUUUGAAAGAUUUAUUUAUUUUAAAUUGAUAAAUAAUAUACCUGAGCACACAUGAUUUAUUUCAUGUACCUGAUUUGCACAGAUUUAUUAUAUUUUAUAUUAACCAUUUAUGUGAAAAGAAAAACAAGAGACAGCUUUAUACAACUUGUGUUCACAAAAAACAUUGAUAAUAGGAUAUUAUUCUAUUUGAACACAAAGCAUAUAUCUGUGGACAAUCUGUGGAACAAAGGAUGAUUCAUUCUGGAAGACGUUAAUUAUAUUAAUCUUUAAUUGAAUGCAAUAGAUAUUGUAAUGCCAACUAUAUAUCGAUAUUAUAAUAACUCCAAUUUAGACAGUAAGAGAAGAUGGGAUAAUGUGGUUCACAAUCAGUCGCUAGAUCUUGUUAACAAAUAUUGUUAAAAGGAUCUAGCAACUGGCCAUUUUAUCCCGCAUGUGGUCCGUCUUAUUCCUCCCUCCUUGUUCUUCCAAUGCCUAUAGAGUUUUAUAAAUGUUCGAAUACUUCGAAGAAUUUUUUUAAAUUUGCAAAGUGUGAAAAGUAAGGCUGCUAUUAUGAGUCUAGAAUGUUCAAAUGUGAAAGGAUGAAUUAUAAUUAAAUAAUUUAUAAUAUAAUUAUAAAUGUUAUUUACAUAUACGUACAUAUUUACACAAUUUACAUUAUUAAUAAUAAUUACGCAGAAUGACUUAAUUGUAUGUCAAUAUUUCAGGUUGAUCUAGAAUUCAAAACAAAAAAAAGUAAUGAACAUAUACUUUUGACUAAUGUUGUCAAGGUAAUUGGAAGAUACAAACAAUAUCAUUUAUCAUUAAUAUUCCGUUAAAAUAUAAUUUAACUUACCUGAUUUUUUUUUAAUUGUACCCUUUUUUUAAGCGUCGUAGAUAUUACUUAUUAUACUCGAUUACAAUGUUGAUGACAGAAUCCCCACGAAUAAAUUGAUUCUAUAAAAUAGACAUAGUCUUAUAAUUAUAGUCUAAAUAAUAGCGAUGUGUAAAAUCUAUAUCUACUUCUCAUCUACUAAUGUGUAUGUUUUCCUACAUACAUAAGUGCCUUGGACGUAUUCCUCAUUGUACAAUAUUUUAAUGUAUAGGAAUAAUGGAUAUGAGUUUUGACCGCGAGAGGAGAUGAGCGUGCCUUGUUUGUAUGCAAGAUAAAUAUAGAUUUAUGUAAUAUUUUAUAAUUGAAUUUCAAUAAAAACCUUUGUUACUAUUCGACAGAGCGACGAGAAUGUCUGUAACGUGUGUAUAUUUUGUAUGCGCUUUGUAUAAAAUAAAAUAAAAUGAUUAAAAAAGAAA